AGAAUGACAUGGUCCAGAUUAUCAUCAUCUCUUGAUACAUUUUUAUAAUUUUUUUAUCUUUUAUAGGUCAUCACUUCCCAAUUUGAUUAAUGAACAGCAAUGAGAAGUAAUGGGGUGGUGUUUAGGAUAUAUAUAAUGGGACAGCAGAAGCUCAUCAGUACAAACGUUCAGAGAGGCACCAUGUACACCUUCUUCAUUCUUCUGCUCACCAUCUGGCAGACUCAGGCUGUCACUUUGAUGCAGAGUUUUAUCUCGGAAACUGGCUCUGGACUCCUGGAUGAGAAUGGAGUCUGUUACUGCACCGUCAAUCUUCCAGAUACCACCUUCCCGGUUGACCGCUUUGAGAAGCUGGAGAUAGCAAACCACAACCUGACAAUCACUGUGGAGAAGGAAAUCACUAAGAUCUACAUCUAUCAGAGCACACUGACAAGGUAUGUAGCACAGAUGAAGAACCUGACGAAACGUGUGGAGAUCAUGGAGAGUGGAGGUGUCUCCUACACCGAGCUGGAGUUUGAGCUCAUCAAGUUGGAGAUCAAAGAGAUGGAGUCUCUCAUACUGCAGCUGAAAGUGUCAUUUAAUGGUUCCAAUGUCAUAAUAGAUACCCUGUACAAAGAGAUCCAUAACAUUUCCAUCAUGGUGAAUCAGCUGGAGAUCUAUGAUAAGAACAAUGUGCUGGUGAUCAGACGGGAGAUUGAAAGUCUGAAAAAACGCCUUGAGGAUUGUGAGAACAAUACAAAACCAGACUAUCCUUCCCUUCCUCCACCAACCUAUGGUACUUGUGACCAUGGACACAUCGUAAAUAUCAGCAAGCCUUAUCUAGUACAGCAGAAUAUAUAUGGUGCAAGCUACAAAUGGGGAGGAUGGGGAAAAGACUCAUUAUUAGGAGCUGAUCAGAAUACUUUUUGGGCUGCUCCACUAAUGACCGAUGAACGCUCAAUGAAUGUAGUCUUCACUUAUGCUUCUUAUAAUGAUCUCCUGCUCUACAAACAAGCUGUAACAAAAAGCCUUAGCAAUUAUGGGCAAGGUGGUGGAAUGAUUAUGUACAACAACAUAAUGUAUUAUAAUUGCCACAAUUCCAAUAAUCUCUGCAAAUACAACAUGAAAACAGAUGUAAUAGAACGAUUACCAUUAAGGGAUGCAACUUACAACAACCGCUUCUCCUAUGCAUCCACACCUUGGCAAGACAUUGAUCUUGCGGCCGAUGAAGAGGGUCUUUGGGUCAUUUAUGCUACUGAACAAAAGGGUGGGAACAUUCUUAUUAGCAAACUUGAUGCUAACACAUUGGAUGUGAGGCAAACCUGGUCUACCUCACUAUACAAGCCGGGUGUCUCCAAUGCUUUCAUGGUCUGUGGAGUAUUGUAUGCUACUAGAAUUCACAGAACAAAUGUGGAGGAGAUUUUCUACAUGUAUGACACUAAAACUGGCAAGGAAGCGCAUCUGAGUGUCUACAUUGAGAAAAUGAAGGACACAAUGCAUAGUCUGUCCUACAACCCAAAUGACCACAAGCUCUACAUGUACAGUGAUGGCUUCCUGUUCACCUAUUAUGUCACUUUCAUGUCAAAAAAGAAAUAAACUUUUAGCAUUUCUGGCACAAAAAUUACUUUAAUCAAAUAUGGCUGAUAUCAUGAUGAGAUGCUCAAUUAAGCAAUUUACCAUUUACCCUUAUUAUGUGAUUGUUAUAGAUUGAUAUAAUGUUGUAUUCUUCUAACUACUCUAAACUAAUAAAAUUGAUUAUGAUUGGUUAAUUUGCGUUAUUGCUUUGGGUUACAUCCCAUUGUUUUUUAAUUAAGAAUUACAGUACCCAGCCUUUCCGAACAGGACCACAAAGGAGAACCCACAACUAGUCAUUAGGAUCGCCAGGCUAUUAGAAAACAUACACAGGCCCGGAUUCACGUAGAAUGGCGUAUCUUUGUGUGGGCGUAACGUAU